AUGGUGAACGCCGACAUCACAUUUUUGCAGAAUAGUGCCGAUAAGGCUCGGAAAUCACUAGCGAGCGUUGAGGAAUUGGUGGCAGCAACUAAAAAAGUCGUGGAAAAUGGGCUGGUAGAUUCGACUAACAUCAAGCAGCUUCAGAAGGAAGUGCUUUUGGACUCGUUUGCCGUGAAAAAAUUCCAUCGGGACUACAAGGAGUGGGAAAACAGCACUCGCAAUAAGUUUGUUGAUGGCCAGAUCAAGGCAUACAACAAGAAAUACGCCCAAAUCUCCAGGCUUCAUGGUCAAAGUUCAAGCUUGGAAGAUACGCUUCGAGAACUUCAAACUACCAUCAAACUCCCGAAGUUUGAGUUUUCUAUACAGACAUUGGAGCAAUAUGAAGGCGGUAGGCUACUUGAACAUGUGGAAAAAGACGCCAAUGGCGAGUACCCUCGACGUGUCAGCAGUGAGCAGGUGUUUUCUCUAGAUCCCAACUCCCCACUUCCCCAUCCAUCGUACCGGGAAUUUAACGAGUUAGUGAACAUCGAGUACAGGUUAAGGAUUCAGUUACAGAUAAAGUACGAGGUUUUGCUUCGAAUUAAGGCCAGCUUGGCCGCUAAGAAUUCUCAAUGGGCAACCAGAGAUUCUACCUUGAAUAAAUUCAUCACACAAGACUUACCUAAGGUGAUUCUGGAGGUGAAAAAAAAUCAAGACGAGUGA